AAUCUCAGUUUGAGCCGUAGGAUUUAUAAUUUUUGUUUGAUCAUUGGUACAUUUUGCUAAUUAGACAGUUUAUUUAAUAGUUGAAGUGCAUCAGUCUUUAUUUAGGUCUCUAACAAUACAUCUUAAAAAUAUUUAAAAUAAGUAAUUUAUUUUAUUACCAUUAAAAAGUGUAUCUAUUUAAUAAACCUUUAUUUAUUGGUUUCCAAACAUUCAAAUGAGCAAUAUGUGUUUUCAAAUUCAUCUUGUUAUUGUAUGAAAAUUAUCUUCAUAGGAUUUGAAAUAUUUAAUCAGGAACCAAAUCAAAACAUGGGUGCCGAUUUUUCUUGCAGCACGUUCAAAGUGCAAAUUAAUAAUUUCCUAUUUCGUGACACUUAGCAAGUCCAUAUGUCUUUCGUAUGUUAGUAAGAGUUUCUGGAACUGUAAGAUCAAUCAUGGGGGGUGACAUAAAUGAAGCUACUUCUACUGAAUUACCCCAAUUAGAAGGCAACAGCUCAGACCAUUUGGAGUUACCAAUUGAUAUGCGUUUUAAUGAGGGUCACAUUGUUAGUAUUUUCAUUUAUAGCGUGUUAAUGAUAAUAUCUGCCGUGGGAAAUACAACGGUGCUAGUGUUAAUUGUGCGUCGUAGGCGUACAACUAAAUCAAGAAUACACAACAUGUUAAUGCAUCUUGCAAUCGCCGACUUACUAGUCACCUUUCUAAUGAUGCCACUUGAAAUUAGUUGGGCAAUCACGGUUUCCUGGAAAGCAGGAGAUGCAAUGUGCCGAAUAAUGGCUUUUUUUAGAGUAUUCGGGCUAUACUUAUCAUCCUUUAUUCUGGUAUGCAUAAGUAUCGACAGAUAUUAUGCUGUGAUACAUCCUCUUCAGUUAUGGGGUGUUGAUAAAAGAGGAAAGCUUAUGUUGUGUCUUGCAUGGGGAGGAUCUGUUGUAUGUUCUAUGCCUCAGAUGAUAGUAUUUCACCUAGAAACCCAUCCAAAUAUCACUUGGUAUUCUCAGUGUGUCACAUUCAAUACUUUUCCAACAUAUACUCAUGAAAUAACGUACUCUCUUUUUGGAAUGAUUAUGAUGUAUUGGUUUCCCCUUGUUGUGAUAAUAUACACUUACACGAGCAUUUUAUUAGAAAUAUGUAGAAGAUCGAAAAAGAGCGAAGGUGAUAAGAUUCGUCGUUCUUCUAUGGGAUUUCUUACUCGAGCGAAAGUAAGAACUUUAAAGAUGACAGUGAUCAUUGUUGCUGUAUUUUUUAUUUGUUGGACACCAUAUUAUGUCAUGAGUCUUUGGUAUUGGAUUGACCGCCAUUCGGCAUAUAAAGUUGAUCAACGAAUUCAAAAAGGUCUUUUUCUAUUUGCAUGCACUAAUUCUUGCAUGAAUCCCAUUGUUUAUGGAGCAUUUAAUAUUCGUGAUCGUCACAAGGCAUCCGUGCGACCAACAACCAUUGAAACUCGAGUUACUCCAUUGACCUUGUCGCUUAAAUUACUUGACUGAUGUUCUUUUAAGUACAAAAAACAUACAUAUAAUGUAAGUUAAAUCUAGUCGUUAGCAUCAAAUUGAACUGUGAUCGAAGAUCCAAUUAUUAACAUUGUGGUCGGUAUUGUACGCGCCGUAUUUAAGAAUUAUUAAAACAGAAAAAAGCAUUUAAAUCAACAAUAACAGGUGAAAUUAUGAAACUUGAUAAAACAAAAUAUAUAAUAAGACUCACAAGACAGUUAAAACAUAUUAAAUUAUUACA